AUGGGCAACAGCGCAGCUCGUCGACAACCUUAUCCAGUCUAUGAGCCUUAUCCUCCUGUUUACUAUUCUGAUCCAUAUUAUGGUUAUGGUGGCCAUCGACGUCACUGUCAUGGACAUUCACGAUAUCAUUCUGGAUACCACUCUGAACUAAUUAUGGAUAAGAUUGAUAAUCCUUAUCUUAUUAUGCUUGAACGACUUCAUAUUCUCGAUCAAUCUAUUCAUAUUCUAAAUUUGGUUAACAAUGAUCUUCGACAAAUUCUUCAAAAACAAAAACGUUUACCACAAUUUAUUUAUGAUUCAUUUAAGCGAUCAACAAUAAAUAAAUCAAAAACUUCUUCUACACUUCCUCCUGCUCAACUACCAAUUGAGAGUGAAGAAAUACGUUUAGCUGCUAGUGUUAUUGAUAAAGCAAAACGUACCAUUGAAAAUGUGGGUGAGAAGAAGUCAAAACAAUCAUCAAGUGGAAUGAUACCAGCUUUGACAUCAGUUCAAUCAAAUACUGUUCAAAAUAAUCGUUCAAAGACAUCAUCAUCAUCAUCAUCAUCAAUGCGUCCAUCUUCAGCAAAUUCAACUAUUGCACCAUCAUCUGACUCGUCCUUAUCUCAGCAGCAGCAACAACAACCAGUUCGUCGCUAUGUACCCGCGCAUAUGAAAGCACCGUUUUUAACUCAACCAGAAAAAAAACGGCGAUCUAGUUCAUCAACUCGUACUAGUAUCCAAACUAAUUCAAGUAAAAAAUCAGGCACAACACCUCGUCCUAUCAGUCAACAACGACGGCAAUCGUCAUCUUCUACUACACAGUCGAUUGUUGAAAUUCUUCAAAAAACAGCAUCAAUCCCAUCAAUUCUUCCUGUGCAGAACGAAAAAAGUUCCAUAAUCAAUAAUCAAAACAAUAAUGAUUUGAAUGAUGAAACUAUAAUUCCAGAACAAACAUCUAAUAUGAUAACUACAGAAGAACCUAAAAAUAUUUCUAAUGAAAUAAGUGAAAUAGAUGUGUUGCCUGUUUCAGAGCCAAUUAUACUUAAUCGAACAUUGAUUAAACCAUUACGUCGUUUAUGGAAACAAAAUCAAAAUCUUCGUUUACGAUUAGAAAUUGAGUUUAAUAAAAGAUCAACAUUAUCAUCAUCACCUGUAUUUAUUGAUCGGUUAAAUGAAAAAAUUCAUUCACCAACAGUGACAGAUGAGAUACAUAUACCAAAUAUUGAAGUCUUACUCCAGUUAGCUAUCAAACUUCGUACUAUUGUACUUUAUCUUCUUGAACAUUCCACUUUUGAUGAUCUUGAUGGAGCAAUGAAACGUUUAAAUACAUUGAAAUAUCUUGUUAAUCAAUAUCAUAUUUUCUUUACUUCAAACAUUAAUAUUCUCGUUGCUAAGCAUGAUUAUCGUCCUUCAAAUAUCAAUAUAAAUAUCGAAGAGUGGUUAAAUAAAUCAAAAAUUAAUUUUUUAAAUCGUAAUAUUGUUCGAUAUAGUGAUGAUAGUCAAUUAAUUGCAUUCACAGAAGUACGAUUUAAACAAUUUGAAAAUGAAUGUCGAUGGAUUGAAUUAAAUUUGCAUGAACAAAUGAUCAUGCAAUUUAAACAAUCAUUAUCAAAACAAAAACAAAAUCAAAAUUCUCUUCAAAUCUAUCGAGAAUUAAUGUGUCUUGUUACCGGUUUACAAACUUCUACACCAAUUGUUGUUGAAAAUAAAUUUGAAUGA